AUGCCACAGUUCUUCCAACGCUUCCGCCGGAGGCUCAAGGACCAGGAUGCCCCGACAGACCUGCCCCUCAUCCUCAGCAAGACAGGUAUCGACUAUGACACCUGCAACUCCAAUGCCUCCCUACGUGACUACCGCGACUACACGGCGAUGCCCCUCCCGCAACCACGACGCCCCUUGACCCCGCUGCCAGAAUCUGCGGACCCCGAAGAAAGCCCAGACGCUGUCAACACUCAGACCCAGAGUGCGUUGUUUGCACGAUUACCCCGGAAUAUCCGGGAACGAAUCUAUAUUGAGCUAUUUGGGGAGAGGCCGGUCCAUGUGGAGUAUGAUUUUGGAUUUGCGCCCGGAUACCGGGGAAGAGAGAAGAAGCCACCGGAUCAAUGGCGGUGGUGGCAUCGGGUGUGCGAGGAAGAGAAUGCCAAACCGGGGGAUUUGUGUCGGUCGGAUGAUUUGGACGAUUUGAAGAGAAAGGGGAAACGGGAGCUGUUGAAGUAUAAGCUUAAGGGGGUUGAGUGGUUGCGAACGUGUCGUAUUGGGUAUCUAGAAGCCCUCCCGAUCCUCUACGGAACGAAUACCUUCCUCAUCGCGUCGGCCGUGAAACUAUGCAGAUUCCCCAAGGUCAUCGUCCCAUCGCAUCUCACCGCCAUCACAUCGCUCGACAUCCUUCACAUAGCCAAAGCAUCAACCCCAUCUACAAUGUCAGAUGCCGACUGGUCAAUGUACAAUACUAUCUUCCGGACGCUCCGAUUGUCGUAUAGUGGACUGCAACGUCUCCGUCUGGUCAUCUAUAUCCUCAACAAACCCUGCACACCACGCGCCGGGAGUGUCCCUGAACACCUGGAGGAGGCGUGGUUCCGACCGUGGCAGGAUCUUGCGUCGAGUCGGACCUGGGAGAAGCUGGAAAUUGGUCUACAGGCGAGCUGGUUUAAGGAUUUCUCCGAGGGUUCAGAGAGAUGGGCAAAGAGGAUUGGACGGGAGGAGGCGGGAUAUACACUUGUGCAGAUGGAGGACUUCACAACCUGGGAUGGGAAGUUGUCUGACGUUUGGAACACGCCUUAUCUGUAG